AUGAACAAAAAUAUUCAGCAGAUAUUUGAGGACUACAAUAGGUCCAGAACCCAAUUUACUCAAAGCAUAUAUGACAUGUGUCUAAAGGCACACAACAUGGAAAUAAUAAUUAACACAGACAUAAUAAUUUUAAUUCGUCCAUUGAUUCUUGAUAAGGUUCCGAUGGUGCAACAAAAUGCGACUCAGAUUUUAGCAAAGAUGGCUAGCCAUUCUGAGGAAGUGGCUUUAACAAUUUUAGAAAAUGAUGUUUUACCACAUUUAGUCUACUGUUUAAAACAUGAAAAUAAAAAUUACAGAAAAAAUUGUGCCAAUACAUUAAAGUGUCUAGCUAGCCAUAAUGCCAAGCUAGCCAAUCUAGUUGCAGAAGAAGAAUCUUGUAUUGAUAAUCUUAUUGACUGUUUGGAUGAAUAUGAUGUGAGAUUAAAGGAAGGAUGUAUAAAUGCACUUUGUUCCAUAGUGAAGAAUGACGUCGAUUUGUCCAAUAAACUCAUGGCCAAGGGGAUCAUUCCUUUGGUAAUUCUCUCCGUACAAGAGAAAGACAUAAACCUUAUCAGAAGUUCAUUGAACAUAUUAACGGAAAUGAGUAAACACACCAACGAAAUUGCAAAAGAGGUAGUCGAUAAUAAUGCUCUCCCACAUCUUAUAAAAUUCUUAGACCACACAGAUGUACAAAUAAAACGUUAUGCAUGUAACUGUCUAGCUCAAAUAGCGAAACACAAAGAAGACUUAACCGAACUUAUCAUUGAAAAUGAUAUCUUUCCAAAAAUUAUUUAUCUACUAAAUGAUAAUGAUGAUGUUGUAAAAAAAAAUUGUGCCAACUGUUUAAAAGAAAUGAGCAAACACAAUGAAGAUAUUUGCAAAAUAAUUUCUCGUGCAGGUAGUCUUCCCUUCCUAUGUGAAUGCAUUGAAGAAUCAUCCAGGGGUAGUGUUCGACUGCCUGCUAUCCUAUGUAUUGGCUUUAUUGCCUCCUUUUCUGAGUCACUAAGCUUAAAUAUUAUUUUAUCUAAUGCUAUUCCUAUUUUGAAAAAGUGCUUAAUUGAAGAAACGGAAGACUACAUCAAAGCUGCAUGCGUGUGGACCCUUGGCAAUAUCGGCAAACACUCUUCUUCUCACGCUAAAAAACUAUCCGAUGAGAACCUCUUAAUAAUUUUUGUAAAUUUGUACAAUGCGAAUGAUUCCUCUGAUGACUUGAAAAAGAAAGUAAAGCUCUCCUUCAAAAGCGUCAUUCAGAAAGUCAUCGAUUUGGAGUCCUUAGAACCCGUUUUUCUGAAAGCCACAGCUAAGCUAGCCAAGUACUGCAUCUGUCAGUUCGCCAAAAUUGUUCCGAAGAACCCCACCUAUAAGAAGUCUUUCAUCAAGUCCGGUUGCCUCAAGUACCUCCAGGAAAUAAAAAACUCCGAGGAGGCCAAGAAAAUCGAAAUGGAGAUAAACACCAUCAACAACUCCUUUCCAGAGGAUAUAAUCAACUACUACACUCCUGGUUAUUCGGAGACAUUAAUAAAAAGGAUUGACCAGGCGGGCAAAAGUUGA